AUGGCAGCCAAGAAGGACCAUGACAAUCUCAUGGCAACUACGGCAACAGCAAAGCUAGUGAAGCUUACGGUGUCAAAGUCUACCCAAACGGACCCAAGCAACACACAUGGUUACAAAGCAUUGACGGCAGCUGGAGUGAAUCCGAAUUCGUCCAACACCACGAUAAUCACAACCAACAGCGUAGUCACGACCAACGCUCAGACCCAGCAGGCCCAACAACAGCAGCAGCAACAAGUUCAGCAAGCCCAGGCUCAACAACAGCAGCAGCAGCAACAGCAGCAACAACAACAACAGCAACACCAGCAGCAACAGCAACACAUCGAAGUUCAGCAGAUUCAGCACCACCAGGGACAGCAAACCGUCCAGGAUGUUAACACCGGUAACAUCAUCACCACCAUUGCCGCCAGUCAAAGUUCGCCGGAAACGUCCUCGCGGCCACAGUAUGCCUGCCGGGAGUGCGGCAGUGCCUUCAAUAGUCGCGAAGCACUUGCCCUCCAUCUGCGUCUGCACACCGGCGACAAGAGCUUAAUGACGGAUCUUUGUGCCCUUACCGCUGCCAUUCCCGGCCACUUGUUCCCAGCUGUUAAUCAAGUACAAAUUAUCACAUCCUCCUGUCAAGUGGUACAGCAAACGUUGCAAUCACAGAGCCCGCCCCAACAGCAGGUUCAAGUACAGCACCAACAGGCACAGCAACAGGUUCAACACCAACAGCCCCAACAGCAGGUACAGGUCGUUCAGCAGCCUGCGCAGGUCCAGCAGGUACAACAACAGCACACUGUAGUGGUUGCACAGGCGAAACCCAAGUCCCACUACUGCGGCCACUGCGGCAAGGGCUUCGCGGCUAAGCACGGCCUAUUGUUGCACAACCGACGCCAUCCGAACGGAGGCUGCACGGUGCGAACACACGUUUGCGAGUGCGGAAAGGCCUUCUUCCAGAAGAACCACCUCAUGCUGCAUCAACGGCAGCAUCUCGAGCAGAAUCAACGAACUGGUCAGGGCCAGGCGCAGGCUCAACAGGGACAGCCCCAACAGCAACAGCAGCUGGUUGUUAUACAGUAGACCAACCAGGAUGCU